CCCACGCACGCUUUCUCACACACGCUGCAUCCACCUCGGAUCGCCAGCCACUCAGCGUGCGGAUCUGAACAGACUCCUGGUGCCAAGAUGCCUUCAUGCAGCUGGCUGCUGGCUCUGUCUCUGGCCGCGCUGACAGGAGUCGCUGCUGGUGCUGCCACAUACGAGGCAACUCAGAGGAACUGUUCUGCGACCCCACCGUACCUUCCCAGCACAGCUGUAAACACCACUCUCCAGCUGAAGGAGCUGCGAGAGCGAAUGCGUCCCCUGAAUAUCUCUGCCUACAUUAUCCCCGGCACUGACGCUCACCUGAGCGAGUACAUUGCACCGCGUGACGCCAGACUGGCCUUCAUGACUGGUUUUACAGGCUCCUCAGGCACUGCUGUAGUCACUCAGACCAAGGCCGCUCUGUGGACAGACAGCCGCUACUGGGUUCAAGCUGAGCGACAGAUGGACUGCAACUGGGAGCUGCAGACCGACAUGUCAAAUCUGGCGGAGUGGUUCAUCAGCGAGGUGCCACCGGGCGGCCAGAUCGGCUUCGAUCCCUUCCUCUUCUCCCUCGAAACGCACGGAGACUACAGUCUGAUCCUGGAGUCGAGCAAUCGCACCCUCAGGUCCAUCCCCGUGAACCUGGUCGAUCAAGUGUGGAAGGACAGACCGUCCAUCGCCGCCGACAGCCUCACGCGCCUGCCUGACAGGGUCAUACAGAGGUCGUGGCAGGUGAAAGUGGAGCAGAUACGCAGUGAGAUGAGGGUCAGUCCGUACGAGCCCACAGCUCUUCUGCUCUCAGCUCUGGAUGAAACCGCCUGGCUCUUCAAUCUGCGUGGCAAUGACAUCCCAUACAAUCCCUUCUUCUACUCCUACACACUUCUCACGCUGGAUGAGAUCUGGCUCUUCGUCCACAUGGACCGAUUGACGGAGGAGUUGAAGGUGUACCUGAACGCCUCCUGCACCGGGCCCUUGUGCGUGCGGCUGAGAGGCUACGACAGCGUCUUGGAGCACGUGAAGCAGUACGUGUCCCGGCCCGGGGUCAAAGUGUGGAUCGGUACGGAGUACACAAACUACGCACUUUACGAGCUGAUCACGCCGCAGGACAAACUGAUGACAAGCACCUACUCUCCUGUGCUGACCACUAAAGCUGUGAAGGAUGAGACCGAGCAGAGAAUACUGAGGGACGCCCACGUGAGGGACGCCGUCGCUGUCAUCCAGCUGCUGAUGUGGCUGGAGAAAUCCGUGCCGAGCGGGGCGGAGACGGAGCUGUCGGCCGCCGACUACGUCAACAAGCGCCGCAGCGAACAGAAGGACAGCAGAGGCCCGAGCUUCGAGACCAUCUCUGCCAGUGGACCCAAUGCUGCUCUCGCUCAUUACAGCCCAACAAAUGAAACCAACAGGAGGCUGACAGUUGAUGAGAUGUACCUUGUGGACUCUGGAGGCCAGUACCUAGACGGCACCACGGACAUCACUCGCACAGUUCACUGGGGAAAGCCUACAGCGAUGCAAAAGGAGGCCUACACUCGAGUGCUCAUGGGAAACAUCGAGAUAUCUCGGACCAUUUUUCCAUCGGGGAAAAGAGGGGUGAACAUGGAGAUGCUGGGUCGCCGGGCGCUGUGGGAGGUGGGCCUCGACUACGGCCACGGCACCGGCCACGGGGUCGGAAACUACUUUGGAGUUCACGAGUGGCCAGUGGGAUUUCAGAGCAACAACAUCGCCUUCGGAGCCGGCAUGUUUACUUCUAUCGAACCUGGAUAUUAUAAGGAGAACGACUUUGGGAUUAGGAUCGAAGAUGUGGUAGUCACUGUACCAGUUCAUACAACGUAUGGAAACAACUACUUGACGUUUGACACAGUUUCGCUGGUCCCGUACGACAGGAAGCUGAUCGACACCUCGCUCCUCAGCUCCGAACAGAUCCAGUGGCUGAAUCAAUACUACGGGAAGAUCCGGCGGCUGCUGGGGCCUGAGCUGGACUCACAGGGACUCCGGGAGGAGAGGGAGUGGAUGCUGAAACACACCGAGCCCUUCGCCCAGUCCGGAUCCUCCGCAGCCGCCUCCUCCUCCUCGCUGACCUUCCUCCUCCUGAUCCUCUCUCUGUUCCACAAUGUCGUCUGAGCGUCCCCGUCUCCACUCGCAGCGGACUUGCACACUGAUGUUACUCCUAUGCAGUCUCUAUGGAGCAGCUAACCCAGGUUGAGAGAUGCACUGUACUUUAAAUUAAAAAUAUGAUUUUAGUGAUUUCAUUUUGUGGGUAAAUGUAUUGUGCUGUUGAGAGUGACAAAUGAUCGUUUUUGAUGUUUUGCCUGUUUUCAAACUGGACAUUUGUAUAACCAGCAAAUAUAAUUUCUAUUUUAUUAAAUGAACACCUGAAAAUGA